AUGUCAACAGCAGAUGCAACAGGAGGAUUAACAGAAGAAGAAGAAAAUAUUCUUUGGGAAAGAAGUGUUAUAGCAUGGAAACAACAAAAAGAGGAAAGAAAAAAGUCAAAUCAAGAAUUAAUUGAUAGAGGUGAGAAACCAAUUGACUAUGAUAAUGAUUGGAAAGAUUUACCAAUUUUCAUGCAAGAAUUACCAGAAGAACCAUCAUCAAAUCAAUAUUUGGCAGCAUUUCAAUCACUUUCAAAUGAUUGUACACCAGAGGAAAGAGCUGAAACCUUUAAGAAUUUAGGUAAUGAUUACUUUAGAGAGGGUAAAUCACGUUUCAAUGAUGCCCUUUACUAUUAUAAUAAAGCAUUGUCAGUCAAGUGUAAUGAUAUGACAAAGAAUUCAAUCUAUUUAUCAAAUAGAGCAGCAAUCAAUAUGGAAUUGGGAAAUUAUGGUUUAGUAAUUAAAGAUUGUACAGUCUCAGUCGAAUUCAAUCCAUUGAAUAUGAAAGCCUAUAGUCGUAUGGCAAGAGCACAAUUACAAUUAUCAAAAUACCAAGAUUCAAUUAAAACUUGUGAUUUAGGUUUAUCACAUGAACCAACCAAUAAGGAUUUAUCAACAAUUAGAGAGAAUGCUAAUAAAAAAUUACAAGAUAUUAAAAAACGUGAACAAGAUAAAAUUGAUAAAGAAAAUCAAUUAAAACAACAACAACAACUUUUAGCUACAAAACUUUAUGAAAAAAAUAAAUAUAAAUUAGGUCACCAAAUAUUUGAUAUGUCACAAUAUACUUAUCAAUCCGAUAGAAAAGUUACAAUUGAUCAAAAUAAUGAUGUUCAUUUUCCAGUUGUAUUUUUAUAUCCUGAAUUUGGUAAAAGUGAUUUUAUUAUGGAUUUCCAAGAAGAUCAUACAUUUGGUGAUCAUUUACAAAUGAUGUUUCCACCAGAAAAUCCAGAAUUUGCACCAUGGGAUACAAAGAAAGAAUAUACAAUGGAUCGUAUUGAAGUUUAUUUUGAAACAAAUUGGACUAAACCAAUUUUAUCAGAUAUAAAGAUUAAAGAAAUUGAAAAGAAAUGGAUUAGAGUUAAACAUACAACUGAUAUUGCAAAGGUUAUUUCACAUCCAACUUAUAUUAUACCUGAAAUUCCAAUAUUUUAUAUAGUUUCAAGGGGUAAUUUAUUCUAUAAAAAGUUUUUAGAAAAUAAAUUAUAA